AUGGCCAAUCAGCACCGUCCGUAUACUGUCAUAAACCCUUGCGCGACGCUCAUUGACGGUACCGGGGAUGACGUCUCUGGCAUGUUUCACUUGCUUACCUGUGGGCACAUCAUCGCUGUCGACGACGAGAAUCGCCGCUGCGGGCGCAACUGCGCCCAGGCGGUUAUGUGGGCUGUAACCCACGCCUUCAUCAGUAAUACAGACAAAAAGACACAGGUCACGAGUGAUCAAGGCUCACCUCCCACCGCUCAGCCCGACGCAGGCUCAUGA